GCCGGCAGAUCCGGGUCUCGUGGCUAAGAGUGACGUGGUCUGUCGAAUCCAAACAGAGGGGAGGAGGCCGUCGGCCAGCAGCAGCGGCAGCGACAGCGGCGUCCGGAGCGCUCCCGGCUGCCACCCUCCCCGCCCGCCGCUUGUUUGGGCGGAUUUAAAUAGUUGAGUAAGAUCAAGCUGGGUAACCAUGGCUGAAGGUGGAUUUGAUCCCUGUGAAUGCAUUUGCUCUCAUGAACAUGCGAUGAGAAGACUGAUCAAUCUGCUUCGGCAGUCCCAGUCCUACUGCACAGACACAGAAUGCCUCCGGGAGUUGCCAGGACCCUCCAGUGACAGUGGCGUCAGCAUUACUGUGAUCCUGAUGGCCUGGAUGGUGAUUGCAGUGCUCCUGUUCUUACUGAGGCCUCCUAAUCUGAGAGGCUCCAGCCUCCCCGGGAAGCCAUCAAGUCCUCACAGUGGACAGGACCCACCCGCCCCUCCUGUGGACUAAUGUUGAUGUGGGAAGCAGAGAUUGUUAAAUGCUGUGCACGACCAAAUGACUGAAGAUGACCAGAGUACUCUUAACUUUUUCCUUUUCCACCUGCAAUUUGGGAUGGUAUUGUUUUCAUGAGCUUCUAGAAAUUUCACUUGCAAACUGACUUUUGCUUCCUGUGUUGCCACAGUCCUUAUUUAUGGUAUGCCUGAGUAAAUGAUUCUAUUGGAAAGUCCACAGGGCUUGUUGGUUGGCCUAAGCUUAAAACAUUCCACUCGUUGUCCCUGGAACCGUGAUCAUAAUGUUCGUGGUGGUUUCUGACCCAAGUGAAGGAAAAUUGAGAUUUCUGCAUUUAAGUGUUUUUAGUAGAUUUAAUAGAUUUUAAUUUUUUCAUAAGGUAUUUAUUUGGGGUUAUUUGGUAUGAAUGACAGAACCACACUAUAUUUACUUUACCUCGGCAGUUUGUUUGUGGGUGGCAGUUUUCUGUAGUUCUUGGGACAGUGACGCUUUUAGACUAUUUCCCUUAGAGCCUACAGCUGAGGUCUGAGUUGCAGCUGGCUUAUGUGGCUAGAAUAGGAAAGGUGAACUGGUUCUUUACUGUUUUUUUUUUUUAUUAAUUGCCAUUAAAAAUUUCUGAUGUUAAGAAUACAUACUUUAAAUAAACACGAUUGAUUAAUAUGGUAGUUGGUUUAAAGUCCAUUUGGUGUCAUUGGAAGCCACUGUACGCUAGCUUACAUGGCUCAUGAAAGGAAGAGUUGAGUCUGCCUUUGCCGGGUGCACUCUCUAUCCUCUGCUAAUGUGGCUAACAUGGCUAUCUUGUUUUUUAGUGAAUGCCUCUCAGCAAGCUUCUCUUCCAUUCUAAUGCAUACCUGUUAAAAUUAUAUAAUCCUACAAUAGUGUAUGGGAUUGACAUUUUCAUACCUACCUACUUACUUUCACACCUUUUUUAUUUGACAAAAAAAAAAUGAGUCUUGUUGCCCUCUGACUAAUGAAGAAAAAGAAGCCUUUAAUAUGAGGUCUUGGUUUAUCCCAGGGAAAGGAGGAACAUGGCAAACAAUAUUCUCACCUCUCAGCUCGAUUCUGUUUAGUGAUGGGAUGGGGAUGUAUUGGAGUGGGAAGGAGCACCAGAAACUGAAAUUUUGUAAGAGGUUGCAUUUUCUCCUCAGUUCAAAAAGCAUUGAAUAUAGUGGUAUUUAAGCAUGGGUGGCCUGGAAUGUUUGUCUAGGAAGUAGCUGCCAUUUGUUGGGGCCAGAACCUAUUUUGCUAUCAAUGUAGAGAUUUCCUCACCCAGGUCAGUCUAGGCUGUCACUGUACAGAUCUGAGACUAUUUGUGUGAACUAAAUAAACUUGGCCAUCAUUGCACCAUUGACAGGCCUGUGACCUGGCUCUGUGACACUGGUUAUUUCCCCCAUGUGGUGGUUACUCUCUGGUCCAUAAGCAUGGUUAAGGGCAUCACUUUGUCCUGUGCUGUGACACUGGCUGCUGGUGUCCUUCCUGGCUCACUUGGUUUUGCCCUCAACACUUGAAAUAAUAGAACCACCUUUGAGGUACUUGUGCUUGUAAUGGGGUGACUUAACCCAGGUAAGUUAAAAACAAAUGAACACCGCAUGGUCAAUGAAGGGUUUCUCUUUUGCUGUGGCUUCAUAGCUGGUAGCCAGUUUAAUAUAAAAGCCAGAUAUGGUGGCAGUCUUGAGGCCAGACUAAAUUAUGUAGUGAAGUUCAGGUCAUGUUGGGCUGCAUGGGAAGACCUUGCCAUAAGAUGGCCCCAUAAAGGAAAGACGGGAUGAGGGACUUAAAGCUGAACAAAAUUGGAAUGGCAUCAAAUGGAGUGAAAUCCCUGCAGUGUUUCUUUUCCCAUCCUCACCCUUUAACUGUGAAGGGUCUGCACACGUACUCCAACAGUCUGGCUGUUUUCUAACCUGCUGAAGCGAGACCCGAUGGAGAGCUGAUGUGUUCAUUAAGUCUGCCUCACCUUGGUUUAAAAAAAAAUGGACAGAAUGUUGAUACAGAACAUCUUCUUUUAGAGACCUGGCAAUAUGGAUUCUUAUUCUAGGUGUUCAUUUCAAUCACAUGCACUUCCUGUGUCUAAGUACCUUAGCCUCAAAGAUUUUACUUUCCAAAACAGAAAAGGCUUAGUUACAUGUUCACCAGAUGUAUGUAUGAUCACAACUGUAUAGAAAUUUCCAGGGCUGGAGACAUGGCUCAGCCAUUAAAGGCUAGGUUCACAACCAAAAAUAUAAGGAAAAUCCAUUCCAGACAUGUCGAUGCCUGUUAACAGAUGAGUUUCUUUGAGAAAACUUGGUCUUGGGUUUUUUUUUUUUUUUUUUUUUUUUUUUUUUUUUUUUUUUUUUUUGGAAAAUUUUCUGUAUUCCUUAAAUGGUGGUAUUCUGCAUAGAAUAUUAUUAUUAAACUCACUAAUAACAAAUUCUCUUCUUGAAGCUUCUACAUGUUUUAAUUGAGCAUAUUUUUAUACCAUUAUUUGGCUUGCAAACAUUCACUUGAUCUGCAGCUUCAAUUCUCUUAAACUAUCAAAAGUAAAAGAGGAAGCUUACAUUCCUGUCACUUUGGGCCGUUUGUGCUGUCUGGAGUCCAUUUGAGAGUUAUUCCAUACUGUUUUUACAAAAAACUAGUAAUUUUGCUUUUCUGUCUUUCACACGGGACAGGUUAAAAUUGGGACUGUUGGUAGCAAAAGGUUUUAGCAUGUAUCUAAACACUGUCCCAUGGUUAUUAAGUUUUACAGUGUGCAAGGUUCCCCAGAGUGUCCACUUAGGAUGGCUGCCCCAUGGUUCUGUUAGUAUCUGUGAUAGUGUUUACAAACUCACUAACAUCUUAGACUUUUGAAGGAAUUGUGAAAGCGUGUCACUCUAAAUGAAAGUCUGCCUUUUGGUGAUUUUGUGCUCAAGCUUGACCAGCUCAAUUUAAAACAGAAAACUUCAACUUGAAGAGAGUUGAUAGCAAAUGAUUUAAAUAUUGUUGUUGCAAUAGAAGAUAGGAACAGUCUUAACACUUCUCAGUGAAGAACCCUGAGUAUUUGUUACAUGUCCAAUGAUUAUUUGUGAAAAGCAAAAAUGGUCAUGUGAUGUACUAAAUGUAAUUUACUGUUUCUAAAUGUUUAAAUCAUGCCAAACAAAUCAGUCUGUGCCAUCUAGCAUUUAUUGUUAAUCUUUUACUGAGUACUUGGAUGGGGCAAAGGGCUUGUACUAUGCACUUUUUAUUAAUGAAUAAAUAGAAAAUGUUAGUAA